CGGGAAAACCGCGGACUUGGCAACAGUAGAGGACGAUACGAAUUUCCGGGUGUUUUUUUAAAAGAAAAGUACCGCGUAAAGAGCUAACUAGUAUUUGCUCCCUGUUGUUCUGCCUUUUUUAAACAGUGUUUUUAAGAGCCAUGUCUUACAGAAGAGGAGCUUUAAUUGUUCUUGAGGGAGUAGACAGAGCCGGGAAGACAACGCAAUGUCAAAAACUUGUGCAGGCGCUACAGCAGAGCGGACGAGCGGCAGAAAUUAUUCGAUUUCCAGACAGAGCCACUAAAAUUGGUCAGCUGAUCAGUUCGUAUCUGGAGAAGAAAAGCAAUCUGGAGGAUCAUACUGUUCACCUGCUGUUUUCUGCAAACCGAUGGGAAAUGGUGCCUCUGAUGAAACAGAAGUUGGAACAAGGGAUCAAUCUAGUGGUGGACCGUUAUGCGUUUUCAGGAGUGGCCUUCACUAGUGCCAAACCUGGCUUCUCUCUGGAGUGGUGCAUGAAUCCAGAUAUGGGACUUCCAAAACCAGACCUGGUGAUAUUUUUGCAGCUCAAUCCCAGUAUGGCAGCAAACCGUGGAGAAUAUGGAAUUGAACGGUAUGAGACGAGCGCUUUCCAACGCACAGUUCAGCAAAGAUUUGAAGAGCUCAUGCAAGAUUCCUCAGUCAACUGGAAGGUAAUUGAUGCUGCGAGGACCAUAGAAGAGGUGCACAAAGAUAUUAAGCUUUUGAGUGAAGACAUCAUCAGUUUAGCCGAGAAUCAGCCAGUUGGAGAGCUGUGGAGGUGAAUGGAUCACCGGCUUUUACGUUAUUUUUUAUAUAGCGGUAUACAGAAAAUACAGUUAUUG